AUUACACUACGUCAGGAAAAGGGUAUUUUCUUGACUUGUUUCCUUUUGUAGACGGAAGACAACACCACUACGGCCCUUUCCCUUCGUUUCAAACGCUCUAUAAAAGUGGGUCCUUGGUAGAGAAGACGCCCUUUAUGUGCCACUUGGAGCAACGGGAUGGCAGAUGACAAGGACGUGCUACGAGAUGUGUGGUUUGGCCGGAUUCCAACCUGCUUCACGCUGUACCAGGAUGAGGUCACGGAGAGAGAAGCCGAACCAUUUUAUCUUCUUCUGCCUAGGGUGAGCUACCUGACUCUGGUCACAGACAAGGUGAAGAAGCACUUUUUGAAGGUCAUGAAGGCAGAGGAUGUAGAGGAAAUAUGGUUUGAGUAUGAGGGAACACCACUUAAAUGGCACUAUCCAAUUGGACUGCUGUUUGACUUGCAUGCCUCCAACACCUCCCUGCCCUGGAGCAUCACAGUGCACUUCAAGAACUUCCCAGAGCGUGAUCUGCUCCACUGCCCCUGCAAUUCUGUGAUCGAGGCCCACUUCAUGUCCAGCAUCAAGGAGGCAGAUGCCCUGAAACACAAGAGUCAGGUCAUCAACGACAUGCAGAAGAAAGACCACAAACAGCUGUGGAUGGGCCUGCAGAAUGAUAAGUUUGACCAGUUCUGGGCCAUUAACCGUAAGCUGAUGGAGUAUCCUACAGAGGAGGGGGGCUUCCGCUACAUUCCCUUCAGGAUAUACCUGACGAUGAGUGACAGGCCGUUCAUCCAGAAGUUGUUUCGGCCCAUCUCGCCUGAUGGCCACACACACACGCUGGGGGAUCUGCUGAAGGAGGUGUACCCUGUGGCCAUAGCCAGUGACGAUGAGGCCAAGCGUUACCAAGUGGUGAUCCAUGGGAUUGAGCCCCUGCUGGAGACCCCGUUGCAGUGGCUGAGCGAGCACCUCAGUCACCCGGACAACUUCCUUCACAUCAGUGUCAUACCAGCGCCUAGCGACUGACCACCCUGAACUCUGCGGUCACAGGAGCGUUGCCAACUCCACACAGACUCUGUUGAGAGCAGGGAAAACCGCCGGCGCGGGGGGGGUCAAAACAUGGCGUUGUCUCCACUUCCCAACACGAGCCCGCCGGAGAAAAUGGCGUCUCUGUUCUUUAUGCGUUAUUUUCCACGACUUUCUCCCCUCUCUGUUCUGAACCCUUUUCUGUUCGGUGGCGGGGGAAGUUGUUCCACCCCAACUGGUCGAGAGAGCAUCCCUUAGAGAAAAAGGAACGAGGAGUUUCGGCUGACCACCUUCUGUCUUCUUCCUGGUAGAGAACCGACAGACAUGCCCAAUGGAAGCCCCUGCAGACAGAAGUGGCCUUAGUUUCCCUGAGUCUGUCACGCUCUGCCUGGCAGAAUGGUCUCACACUCCCAAUGAGUUGACACUCUCUACCGCCAAGGAAGUUCACACACCUUUUCAGUUUUCAUGUGCCCCCUCCCUCUCUGAUGCCAUUUACAGCCAGCCCUGUCUCAUCUCCAUACAUCAUUAUCUGUUGGAAUUCCUUCUCCUGUUAAUGAGACCGCUAAUCUCCUGUCUUCGUGCCAGGCCUUGGGGGGGGUGUGUGUGUUAAUUAGAGACAUCAUUCAUAGUUCCCUGCUGGGGCCUGAAGCGGGUGAGGAAGGUGUGAAGGGCCAGAAUGGAAUCCUGUCCCGUCUGUCCCCCCCCUCCCUUGCGUGUGUUGUGUGUGUGAAGGGAGACAGGCCUGUAAUUUGGACUGUGACUGUGUUGUUGGUUGGGAGGGAGGGAUGCCUGUAAUGAUGUCACACUCGUUUCAGCACAUCACGCUUCCUCAUUCCCGUGACGUGCGACCGCCUGCCGCUGAGGAUGAUGGGAUAGUUGGAUUUACAGCUCUGAGUCAGGGCUGGUCUUGACGUGGGUUACGGUCUGGUGUGUGGUGGGUGUGUGUGUGUGUGUGUGUUCCUAUAUGUGUAUGUGGAUUAUUUAGUUUCAGUCACAAAGGCUCAAGCUGAUGAUCAAAAGCUGCCUGGUUGGGACUUCCCAGUCAACCUGAAUUUUGUUGCUCUGGCUGUAUAUCUGUGUAUGCUGCACUUUCUAAGAUCUCCAAGCCCUGGGCCGCAUGUCUCGCCCUGAGAGUUUCUCUGCCAGCAGUUUGUUUUCCAGAAAGCUCCCUAACAUCGCUACGUUAGCUUUCAUUACAACAAAGUAUGUGGGACACCGAGAUAGUCACGGUCUGACUCCGAUUUCCACUUUUUCCCUCAGCCCUGGUUUCCUGUGGAUUCUUAAGCAGCGAAUUCAAAAGAUUCGAUAUCCAGACAAAAAUGUGUGAGAAACAAAGAACGCUUUCGCUGUCUUAAUUUAAGGGUUAGGGUUAGGCGUAAGGUUAACACUGUUGUAGGGUUAGGGUUGGAGACAUUGUAGAUACAGGCUGGGGUUCGAACUUUGUGGCUGUGGAUGCUAGUGGCAACCCUUAUUUCUCCAGGUCAUCUCUUAGUUCAUCCUGUUUAGGUUAUUGCCAUGUUUUGAUUCAUGGCCAUAUUCCCUCCGGCCAUUAGAGAUCCCAUCCUGAUGCAUCAUUAAGGCAGAGGUGACAACAAAGGGCCAGGGGUCACCGGGCAGGUCACUGGGGCAUGCUCUGUACCUAGACAUUAAGAUGAUUGACAGGUGCACUUACAUUUCUUUUGGCUUUUCCCAUCAACGACGACCCCAAAUGCUCCCCCGAUGUGUUCCAACUAUAGCUCCAAACCUACUGUAACCGUCAUUUGGCCCAGAUUCCGCGAAACCGAGGUCUCUGUUUUACACGCACACACGCACAUUUGUUUGUGUUUAACACGUUACAGGGGGCUGAGUGCAGCCAGAGGGUAUCAGACACCAGACGAGCCAACAUCACACAUGAGACCGAUUAGUGAUUUAGAGGAAUCCAUGACUGUAUUCCCUCCAUAAUGCAUGAGAAUCAAAGAGCAUAGCUGAGGUGGUCAACAGGCCUGUUCUCAGCACAAAAUGACUUGGGGAGAUUUCCGCUAUGUCUAGUUCUACUUUUGGACUCUGCGCAUGUUUACAGAUACUGUAGUUCUAUACACACACAGAGGGACAAACUUCAAUAUGGAAACAAUAGCACAGUUCUGGUAUUUUGUCCCCUGCAGUUUCUCUUCGUGAUCCAUAUGUUCAUCAUGCCUACAGUACAAUGAAUGGAAAUGUUACUUGUUGAAUCCAUCUUGAGAAACAUGCUGUCUUUAACUUGUGUAACACUGCAUCAAACAGCACAAGUUGUAUUCUCUCUCCUUUUCUGCUUUUCAUUUUCUUUUCAAAUAUUACAUUUUACAGUGUCUUGCUUUUCUGUCUUUUGCUACUGACUGUAAUUAAUACCAUACAAUAAUGUAAAAAUGUUUUAGUGUAACAUUAACACUGAAUUAAAAUUUAAAUUG